AGUUUAGUCUAUAGUUUGUGAUUAAGUAAGUAAGUAGUGGAAUAGCGUAUCGAUAAAACAAUUCAGACUUCAAUAUAAGUCAACAUGAACAUACUUGGGUUCUCGAUUCUUUACCUCACAGCCAUCACAUCACUUACAUCUACCUUAUUAAUCCACUGUGAAUUUGAAGAUGAAGAUUUUGAACAUGUUGGAGAAUUUUACUCAUGCAACAUAGAAAACUUAGUCUUUAAUCCCGAUGAGAAUUCACCAGCAAAUUUCAUUGGAGAGCAUACAAAUUCAUCAUUAAGCAAUGACGACGUUAAGGCUGUCAAAACUGACUUUCAUAGAAUGAUUUACUUCCCACAGUCUAUAAACGAUACAUUUAAGAAUCUUGAAGUUAUUUACUUGAAUGAUGGAUUUUUAUCGAAAAUUACACAGCGUGACUUACAACCAUUUCCAAAAUUAAAGAUGCUGGACUUGUUUGAGAAUCAAUUGGAAGUUCUUGAAGAAAAUUUGUUUAAAUAUAAUUUGGAAUUAAUAAGUGUGUGGCUCAGUAAUAAUCGAAUUUAUGAAAUUCAUGCUGAAGUCUUCGAUCAUCUUGUCUAUUUACGCUUCCUACACCUCAGUGGUAAUGCUUGUGUAGCACGAACAGCAAGAGAAGGAAACCGAACGGAAGUCUUGGAAUUAAUUAAGGAAGCUAAAGAUGGAUGUGCACCGGGCAAAGUCAUAAUAACUUCAACAUCAGCAACAAAUCGAUUUAAAUUUUUAAACAUUUCCGAUUCAGAAAUUAAAUUGUUUGACACUGAAAGAGAAUUGAAGGAAUUUGAAGAAGAAUUUGGCGAUAUUUUGCAUUUAAAUUCAGAAAUAAUGAAAGAAUUUCAGGAUUUGAAAGACCAAAUUUGGGAAUUGAGAAAAACAAAUAAAAAUUUGACAUUUUUUAUAUUCGUUUUAUCAAUUGUUGUUGUUAUCAUGUCAAUAGUGAUUUAUGCUGGACAUAAAAGACUUAGGGAUUAUAAUAUCGAAGGUAUUGCUAAGGUUAGCAUGAGUAGAUUGAUUUAA